AUGGCGGGCAGACCUCCGCCCUUCUCGGGCGGGUAUGCCGGUGCGCAGAACAACGACCUCCUUCUCGACCUCGACAACGAUCAGCCCAUCUACGGCGGUGGCCAGCGAUCUGACCUCAACGAUGACGACCUCCUGCGCACCUAUACCCACGAUCAUGACGAGACGAAUAUGUCGCGUCCCUCCGUAUCCUACGAUGACUUUGUCGGCGCUGGCGUCACCACACACCCAUCCGCAAAGGGCCCUGGCCGGCCGGCGGACAGCUCCGCAUUCACCUCCCCGCGCCCGGCGCCCUAUCCCACAAAUAGCAGCGGGCAGCUUGGCCAGGCGUCGGCUACGGGGAGCUACCAGCGGUAUGCCGACGACUUUGACGACUAUCCCGACGACGGCCAGUCCUACUACCAGAACGAAGGCCGCAUGAACCCCGGCAUGUCCGAUUCGGCUGGCCGGGACAUGGCGCGGAAACGCAACAGCGUGCUCGGCCUCGGAGGCGGCCUGCUUGGCCGGGCAAAGAGCUUGAUUGGCAUGGGCCAAAAGGGCUACUCCGAGAUGGACCUGCCACUGACAGAGGCAGCCGGCCAGCCACGCGUCGAGCCGGCGGGCGCGAGCCCAGCAGAACCACAGCCAUCCCGCGGUGGCUUCAAGUUUGGCUUCGGCAGCAAGAAGCCAGACCCGGCGACUCUGGGCCCUCGCAUCAUCCAUCUCAACAAUCCGCCGGAGAACGGGCUGAUGAAGUACGUGGACAACCACGUGUCAACGGCCAAGUACAACGUCAUCUCCUUCCUGCCCAAGUUCUUCUUUGAGCAGUUCUCCAAAUACGCCAACGUCUUCUUCCUCUUCACGGCGGGCCUGCAACAGAUCCCCAACCUGUCGCCAACCAACCAGUACACCACGAUCGGUCCGCUCGUUAUCGUGCUCAUGGUGUCGGCAGGCAAAGAGCUCGUCGAGGACUACCGGCGGAAGCAAGCCGACCGGGCGCUCAACAUGUCCAAGGCGCGAGUCCUGCGCGGGUCCAGCUUUGCAGACGCCAAAUGGAUUGACCUACAUGUGGGCGACAUUGUCCGCGUGCAGUCGGAAGAGCCGUUCCCGGCCGAUCUAGUGCUGCUGGCGAGCUCGGAGCCCGAAGGCCUGUGCUAUAUCGAGACAGCCAACCUGGACGGCGAGACGAACCUGAAGAUCAAGCAGGCACUUCCCGAGACGUCGGCACUGGUCAGCCCGGGCGACCUCAGCCGUCUGGGCGGGCGGAUCCAGUCGGAGCAGCCCAACAGCAGCCUCUACACGUACGAGGCCACGAUGACGAUGCAGGCGGGUGGCGGCGAGAAGGAGCUGCCGCUCAACCCGGAGCAGCUGCUGCUGCGCGGCGCAACGCUCCGCAACACGCCCUGGAUCCACGGCGUGGUUGUUUUCACCGGCCACGAGACGAAGCUCAUGCGCAACGCGACGGCGACGCCGAUCAAGCGCACCAAGGUGGAGCGCCAGCUCAACUCGCUCGUGCUGGUGCUCAUCGGCGUGCUGCUGGGGCUCAGCUUCAUCUGCACGGUGGGCGACCUGAUCAUGCGCAGCGUGCACGCCAGCGAGUUUACGUACCUCGAUCUGACGCGGACCAACUCGGCCGCGUCCGUGGUGGGAACGUUCUUCAAGGACAUGGUGACGUACUGGGUGUUGUUCUCGGCGCUCGUGCCCAUCUCGCUGUUCGUCACGAUCGAGAUGAUCAAGUACUGGCACGGCAUCCUGAUCAACGACGACCUGGACAUGUACCACGACAAGACGAACACGCCGGCCAACUGCCGGACGUCCAGCCUGGUCGAGGAGUUGGGCAUGGUCGAGUACGUCUUCUCGGACAAGACGGGCACGCUGACAUGCAACAUGAUGAAGUUCCAGCAGUGCUCGAUUGCCGGGAUCAUGUACGCGCAGGAAGUACCGGAAGACCGACGGGCCACGGUGCAGGACGACGGCAUGGGCGGGAUCUACGACUUCAAGCAGCUGCAGAAGAACCUGCAGACGCACGAGUCGAGUCAGGUGAUCGACCAGUUCCUCUCGCUGCUGGCGACGUGCCACACGGUCAUCCCGGAACGCGACGAAGCCAAGGGCGGCAAAAUCAAGUACCAGGCCGCCUCGCCCGACGAAGGCGCACUGGUGGACGGGGCCGUGAUGCUGGGAUAUCGUUUUGUGGCACGCAAGCCGCGGGCCGUGAUCAUCGAGGCACACGGGGUGGAGCAGCAGUACGAGCUGCUGGCGGUAUGCGAGUUCAACUCGACGCGCAAGCGUAUGUCGACCAUCUACCGCUGUCCGGACGGCCGGAUCCGGCUGUACUGCAAGGGAGCCGACACGGUGAUCCUGGAGCGACUCAGCGACGACAACCCGCACGUGGAGGCGACGCUGCGCCACCUGGAGGACUAUGCGUCCGAGGGCCUGCGGACGCUCUGUCUGGCGACACGCGAGGUGCCGGAGCAGGAGUUUCAGCAGUGGCAGGCCGUAUUCGAGAAGGCGGCCAUGACGCUGGGCGGCAAUCGGGCGGACGAGCUGGACAAGGCGGCCGAGCUGAUCGAGCACGACCUGUACCUUUUGGGUGCCACGGCGAUCGAGGACCGGCUGCAGGACGGGGUGCCCGAGACGAUCCACACGCUGCAGCAGGCGGGCAUCAAGGUCUGGGUGCUGACGGGCGACCGGCAGGAGACGGCCAUCAACAUCGGCAUGAGCUGCAAGCUGCUGAGCGAGGACAUGAUGCUGCUGAUCGUCAACGAAGAGACGGCAGCGGCCACGCGCGAUAAUUUGCAGAAGAAGCUGGACGCGAUCCGCAACCAGGGCGAAGGCCUGACGAUGGAGCUGGAGAACCUGGCGCUGGUGAUCGACGGCAAGUCGCUGACCUUUGCGCUGGAAAAGGAAAUGGACAAGCUCUUCCUCGAUCUGGCCAUCAUGUGCAAAGCCGUCAUCUGCUGCCGCGUGUCGCCGCUACAGAAGGCGCUGGUCGUCAAGCUAGUCAAGAAGUACCAGAAGGAUUCCAUCCUGCUGGCCAUUGGCGACGGUGCCAACGACGUGUCCAUGAUUCAGGCGGCUCAUAUCGGCGUCGGCAUCAGCGGCGAAGAGGGUCUCCAGGCCGCUCGCAGUGCCGACGUGGCCAUUGCCCAGUUUCGCUACCUGCGUAAGCUGCUGCUGGUCCACGGCGCCUGGAGCUACCACCGCAUCAGCAAGGCCAUUCUGUACUCGUUCUACAAGAACAUGACGCUGUAUCUGACGCAGUUCUGGUACACCUUCCAAAACGUCUUCUCCGGCCAGGUCAUCUACGAGUCGUGGACGCUGUCGUUCUACAACGUCUUCUACACGGUGCUGCCGCCGCUGGCCAUCGGCAUCCUUGACCAGUUCGUCUCGGCCCGGCUGCUCGACCGCUACCCGCAGCUCUACGGGCUCGGCCAGCGCAACACCUUCUUCAGCGUCAAGAUCUUCCUCGGCUGGAUCCUGACGGCGACGUACCAUUCACUGGUCCUGUACGUUGGUAGCGAGCUGUUCUGGUACGACGACCUGAUGGAGAGCAAUGGCCAGAUCGCAGGGCACUGGCUCUGGGGCACCGCGCUGUACGGCACCGUGUUGCUGACCGUCCUGGGCAAGGCCGCCCUGGUGACGAGCAACUGGACGAAGUACCACGUCAUUGCCAUCCCCGGCAGCAUGGCCGUCUGGUUCGGCUUCAUUGCCAUCUACGGUACCGUCGCGCCGAUGCUGCACUUCUCGACCGAGUACGAGGGCAUCGUGGCCCGGCUGUACGCGAGUCCCGUCUUCUGGCUGCAGAUGGUUGUCCUGUCGGUCGGCUGUCUGCUGCGUGACUUUGCCUGGAAGUAUGCCAAGCGCAUGUACCGGCCCGAGACGUACCACCACAUUCAGGAGAUCCAGAAGUACAACAUUCAGGACUACCGACCAAGAAUGGAGCAGUUCCAAAAAGCUAUCCGCAAGGUGCGGCAGGUGCAGCGGAUGCGCAAGCAGCGUGGUUAUGCCUUCUCGCAGGCAGACGAAAGCCAGACACGCGUGCUGCAGGCCUACGACACGACACAGCAUCGUGGCCAGUACGGCGAGAUGGCCUCGUCGCGGGCUCAAUGA